GUCAAUCAAUUUCAAUAGAUAUUCGUAUUCAUGUUGAAUUGAUGUAUGAUAAAUUAAUUAUUGAAUAAGUUUAUAGGUAUUAUUGCAUACCAAGAUGCCGGCAGCGGCAACGGAGAAUAAGGCCAAUGUUCCUAAGAAAGGGAUAUUUAACAACACCACGGGCUUUAGCACUCUUAUUACUGUUACAGUUUUGUCAUUAGCUUGGUUGGCCGGUUUUGCUUCCCGGCUUUUUGCUGUUAUUCGUUUUGAAAGUAUUAUUCAUGAAUUUGACCCAUGGUUCAACUACAGGUCUACCGCGUAUAUGGUACAGCAUGGGUUUUAUAAUUUUUUGAAUUGGUUUGAUGAACGUGCCUGGUACCCUUUAGGUCGCAUUGUGGGGGGUACGGUGUAUCCUGGCCUUAUGAUCACUUCAGGAACAAUACAUUGGAUCCUGCAUACAUUAAACAUACCCAUCCAUAUAAGAGAUAUCUGUGUUUUCCUUGCACCAGUUUUCAGUGGCCUUACAGCAAUAGCCACCUACCUAUUAACCUCAGAACUUUGGUCUAGAGGUGCUGGAUUGUUUGCUGCAUGUUUCAUAGCAAUUAUACCGGGCUACAGUAGUAGAUCUGUGGCUGGUAGUUACGACAAUGAGGGCAUAGCCAUAUUUGCAUUACAAUUCACAUAUUAUUUGUGGUUGAAGAGCAUUAAAAGUGGGUCAAUAUUUUGGUCGAUUUGUACAGCAUUGUCUUACUUUUACAUGGUGUCAGCAUGGGGAGGUUAUGUGUUCAUCAUCAAUUUAAUUCCACUUCAUGUGUUCGUGUUGCUCAUAAUGGGCAGAUUCUCACAAAGGCUGUUUGUAAGCUACUCUGUGUUCUAUAUCGUGGGACUGCUCUUGUCCAUGCAGAUACCGUUUGUAGGUUUUCAGCCUAUCCGCACAAGUGAACAUAUGGCGGCAUCAGGGGUAUUCGCCUUACUUAUGGCAAUUGGUGCUUUGAAGUAUUUACACAGUCUGAAUCCUAAAGGACAAUGGAAGCAGCUGUUGAUUCUUGGUGGUCUGAUAGCUGCAGUAACAGUGUUCUUGGCCGUAGUUCUUCUCACAUAUAUGGGAAUUAUUGCUCCCUGGAGUGGCAGGUUCUACUCCUUAUGGGAUACAGGAUAUGCUAAGAUUCAUAUCCCUAUAAUAGCAUCGGUAUCGGAGCAUCAACCAACCACAUGGUCAUCUUUCUUCUUUGACCUCCACGUUCUGGUGUGCACCUUCCCUGUAGGAUUGUGGUACUGCAUCAAGAAUGUCAAUGAUGAAAGAGUAUUUGUGGCGCUGUAUGCUCUAUCAGCGGUUUACUUCGCUGGUGUAAUGGUUCGGUUGAUGUUAACGCUGACGCCGGUGGUGUGUGUGUUGGCUGGGAUCGCCUUCUCCAUACUACUGGACUUGGUGCUUAGAGAGGACGAAACACCAGCACCAGCCCAAGACAGUGAUGAUAAGAACUUGUAUGAUAAGGCUGGUAAAUUAAAGAAGCGUACCCCGGAGCCGGUCGCAGAGACUGGUUUAGGUAUGAACAUACGUUCUGGUACCCUCAUAGCAUUCAUGAUACUUUUGAUGCUGUUCUCCGUUCACUGCACCUGGGCCACCUCCAACGCAUACUCCAGCCCUAGCAUAGUGCUGGCCAGCUAUGGUAAUGAUGGAUCACGUAAAAUCUUAGAUGACUUCCGAGAAGCUUAUGGUUGGCUAUCACAGAAUACAGCUGAAGAUGCCCGGGUGAUGUCCUGGUGGGACUACGGUUACCAGAUAGCUGGUAUGGGCAACAGGACUACCUUAGUGGACAAUAAUACAUGGAAUAAUUCUCACAUAGCGUUGGUCGGGAAAGCCAUGGCAAGUAAUGAGACAGCUGCUUAUGAUAUCAUGACGAUGUUGGAUGUGGACUAUGUGCUGGUGAUAUUUGGUGGUGCCAUCGGUUACUCUGGUGAUGAUAUCAAUAAAUUCAUCUGGAUGGUCAGAAUAGCUGAGGGCGAACAUCCUAAGGAUAUACAUGAAGCGGAUUACUUCACAGAGAGAGGAGAGUACAGAAUAGACUCAGAGGCAUCAAAAACUAUGUUAAAUUCACUUAUGUACAAAUUAUCAUAUUAUCGUUACGAUAGUGGUGGAAGUCCCCCGGGCUUCGAUCGCACUCGCGGCGCCCUGCCCGGUCUGCGUGGGUUCAAACUGACGUACCUCGAGGAAGCUUACACCACUGAGCAUUGGCUCGUCAGAAUAUAUAGAGUUAAGAAACCAGACGAAUUCAACCGACCACGACUACCUCUGGCCAAGAGGACAAUACAGACCUCAAAUGUCAUGUCUAAGAAAACGUCAAAGAGAAGAAAAGGUGCGUUAAAGAACAAGCCAAUAUUAGUGAAGGGCAAGAAAGUGACCAAGUUGGAUUGACGCAAAAAAUAAGACUAAUCUCGUUCCAGGGUUGCCAUGCCAUGCCAUGCGUCCGCCAUUUUAAGUUUAACCACAGGCAAAUGUUGAUGUAGCAAAAAGUUAGUCUUAUCUGUAAUAUUAAAUAUUUUAUGUUAUUUUCUUUGAAACCACAUAUUUACCAUUGUCACUGUUCAAAAAUUGUCCUUUAAAUGUAUAUUUGGGUUUCCUGAAUUAAUAAAAACACAAAAUAAAUCUAUUUUCUUUAAUUUAGUGAGUGUCUGUAGAUUUGAGGAAGUCAAUUGUACAAUUAAAAAUCUAGUGGAAAAUACAUGUAUUUGUAAUAUUGUCAAGUUAAAUGAAGUUUUUAUUUAUUAUAAAGGUUUCUUUCUUGUGCUUAUUGUUUAUAAUUUAAUUUAAACAGUACGUUAUAUCACAAACUUAUUGUUGCGGUGAAGUAGAUCAUACAAACACAUUAAGGAAACAUUGUUUGAUUUGAUUUCUAUAUAUAUGAUGGUGACGAAACAAUAAAACAAGUAAACCCGCAGAAAAAUACAGGUUAUUUUAUGUUAGUUUAAAAUAAGACAACGAUAUGAUUCUACUAAAAUUAUUUAUAAUUGAAAUAUUGUAAUUUGGAUGCAUUGCAUGGCAACACUGUUGAACAAGUUGCUACGACUGACACCAAUUCAUAUUGUAUUAAUUCAUUUAAUAAAUACAUAAAUUUUGUUAGAAUAAAUUUUUUUAAAUUAUUUCUCCGCACCCAAUUACAUGGACGGUGGUAGCAAAUGAAAACUUAAUUUUUAUACAAUAGUUCAAUAUCAUUUAAUAUUUCUCUUGUGUUUUGUGUUACUUAAUGUAUGUCCAUGUGAUAGUGUUUUAAUUAUAUGAGAGUGUAACAAGUUUAUACUUUCUACGUCCAAUUGUAUAAACAAAUAAAUCCUAAUGUGGUUUUUUUAAAGGGAAUAUAAUGUGUGUGUAUUUAAAUAGUCAGUGAUUUUUUUGGGCAAUAAAUUUAUUAUAAGAAACGUCGAAAUGCUUACAAACUUUUUUCUGGCGAUUACUAGUUUUUCUUUUUUUUUUAAUUACACUUCUAUACUGUUAAGUAUCAAAUGAUGCAAUGAUUAAAUAUUUUUGAGACUAAUGUUAAACUUAUUGUAAUUGUGAACACCAAAGUUAAGGUGCUGGUCUGGAUGUCAGUUAAAUAAUUAAAGCUGUUUUUUUUAAAUAUCCAUCGGAAAAAUUGUCGUUUUUUAAAUUUAAAUUUUUGAAUUUCGAAUAGAAUUAUAGUAGAGCUGAAAAAUGAGUUUGUAUAUAUUAUUGUUGGCCAGCGUUUGUAGUUAGGAGUAUUUCUUGACGUGGGUUCGUGAUUUUGUCAGCAUUUUUUUGGUAUCUCCGUCGUCAUGUGAACUAAGAUGUUAUGUGUUUUAAUUUUAUUGUUGCACAGCACUAUUUGUUUUAUUCUUGGUAUUUUCUAAUAGAGUUUUAUCAAUAUGUAUUAAGAUUUCAUUUUAGUUUAUAAUGUUCUUAAUAAAGAGGUGAAAAUAUUA